CCGCGGAGGGUCCUGCUGCGCUGAGUGUUCAGGAGCCGUCUGAUGUAGGCUAAUAAAGUAAGCCUACAGUAGUAGCCUUGAAGAGGAAGAAGAACACGCACAUGCAUUGUUGCCAUUCUCCUGAAACUAUCCAGCCAGCAACAAUAACAGUCCCACCAUCCAUCAGACCAUCCCUCAUGGCAACGAUCGUCAUGGAGAGGAUUGGGCGUCUAUUCAUCAACCUCCAGCAGGUACAGGCGGUGCCCCAGAUGCUGACAGAGGUCGCCCCCUCCAUGCCCGGCACGCUACGGGACACCGAAGUUCCUGGGUUCUUCAGAGAGCGCUACAUCCACGCCGGCUACCGACCGCUCCACCAGGGCUGGAGGUACUACUUCCUUUCGCUGUUCCAGCGUCACAACGAGACCAUCAACGUGUGGACCCACCUGCUGGGGUCUCUCCUUGUCCUGGUCAAGUUCCUCCAGCUGGCUGAGACGGUAGACUUCAUCCAUGACGCCCACGCCUGGCCCCUCCUCAUCCUCCUCCUGUCCUCCCUGGCCUACAUGGCCUGCAGCACUGUAGCCCACCUCCUGGCCGCCAAAUCAGAGUUCUACCACUACUGCUUCUUCUUCCUGGAUUACGUAGGAGUGGCUCAGUAUCAGUACGGCAGCGCCGUGGCUCACUUCUACUAUGCUGUGGAACCAGACUACCACCGGUGGGUCUCCUCGGUCUUCAUGCCCACUGCCACCUUCCUCUGCUGCUUGUCCUGCCUGGGCUGCUGCUAUGGGAAGUAUCGCAACCACAGCCUGCGGGUCUGGGUCCGGAAGGUGGGGCAGGUGGUUCCCUCAGCUAUGGCCUAUGCCUGGGAUACUAGCCCGGUGUUCCACCGCCUCCUCCUCUGGCCCACGUCGCACAGUGAUGACAUCACUGCCGUGGCCAGUGGCGUAGUCGGCGACCCGGCUAUAUCCUUCCAUGUGGGCCAGGUAGCCUUCUUCCUCUCCAGUGCAUUCUUCUUCACCAACCCACUUCCAGAGCGUCUGUUCCCAGGCCACUGUGAUUUCCUGGGGCAGGGCCACCAGCUGUUCCACAUCUUCUUGGUGAUCUGUACCCUCUGUCAGAUCCAGGCCUCUCACCUGGACUACCUGGGCCGACGGCCACUCUACACACAGCUACACGGAGAGGGAGGAGCAGCAGCCACUAUCUAUCUGGUUCAGUAUGGAGCCACGCAGGUGGUCUGUAUCUGUAUAGCAGUCUUCAUGGCGAGGAAAGUAAAACGGUUGCUUGACUGCAGAGACAAGUCCAAAUGAAUUGGCUUGGAGACUAUGUAAGAGGGUAGGAAAGUUAUAAUCACUUCCCAGUGGGCAAAACCGGUUGAAAUGGGUUGACGUUAUUACAGCCAGAAACGUUUUCUCAGUUUUGCCCGCUGGGUUGGUACCAAAGUGAUCAAUGUGGCCUUGUUCGACUCCACACACACUGCCUUCCUUGCCUGCUGGAGUUUGUUUUUGAAAUGUACAUUUAUAUUAUAAUAUUAUGUUUCUCUACAGCACCUGUGUCCUUGAGAGAGUGUUGUUUACCUUUUACAUAAUGGAAGUUGAGGAAGCCUAUCACUAGCAUGGUCACAGAUCUGUGACCAUAAGAGUUGGCAAGACCGCACAAACAGAUCUGGAACCAGGCUAGCCUAGCACUGAACAAAGCCUCAAUGAGAUGUAAGAAUGUUGAUAACUUGCAUAGUACUUUCUAUAUUUGCUAUGAUUGCUCACUGUAAUCCUAGAAUAGAUUUGCUUAGUAGUUCUCUGUUUUUCAGUUGGCAUGGUGGUGUCAAAUUAUGUAUGUAAUGUACAUUAUCGUACAUCUGUAAAUUGUUGAUGAGGUUAUGUUCCAUUGCUACAUUUUCCUUUUGAUUGACCAUGAGGAGAAAAGAGUUCCCACUCUUACCCUGGUCUACCACUGCCAGGACACACUCUUCACUUCAGUGCUGUGAUGUAAACCAGAGACAGGCUCUAAUUGGCUCUUUCUGGACGAUCACCAUGGUGACCUAUAAUAAAACAUUAGUUCAGCCAAUUUGAUUGAAUAAAGGUGUGAGGACAACUCCCUUUAUACAUUGCAACACACAUAGCCAAUCCCAAUUGGUUCCCCAUGCCUUCUCCCUUUGCCAUAUUAAACCUUAUGUGUUUGCAGAUCUGAAGGGUGAUAGGUAAUACGUGUAGUGUUGGAGCUUCCACCAUAUUGCUUCCACCUUACAGACCUGCAAUCACAGGGAUAUGGCCAAGGAGAAGGGCUAGGGAGUGUAUUGGGACCGGCUUUGUUCAUGUUUACCCUUUGUCCAUUACUCUCUGAUUGUGCCAUAUGGUGGUAUCAGUAGAGGCUGCUGAGGGGAGGAGGGCUCAUAA